UGGGAGCCUAUCCACUCACCCUGUCAGUCCGGAUUCCAUGUUGGUCCCUCUGCCUGGUCCAUGGCAGCCAUUUCCUUUUCUGGUGCAAAGCCCUCUGUCUGCACCACCUUGGGUCUGUGCCGUCCUUGGUCAUUUAUCCUCUCACAAGGCUAACCAUCCUCAUGGUGUUCUACACACCUGACUGUCCCCUGUCCCAGCACUCCUGGGCUGGGGCCUGACCCUGCUCCUUACACACCAGCCACUCGGGCCUCCCUCACCACUUUCUCGGGGGGCCGUGUCUGGGCACAGGCUCACUGCCCCUAGCCUCUUCUGGGCUGCCGGAAAGAUUGGGGACGGUCUCCUAGAGACCCCCUCACAUCUGUCCCUCUUCCCAGGUCCAGAGAGCCACAAUUACAGUCACUGCAGCUCCUGUCACAUCGCAGCCACACGGCUGCCAAUGACAGCACAGAGGCUGGCACCCCUCCCCCACAGGCCCCCACAGACAGGUCCACGUGCGUCCCCAGAUGCCUGAAUCACUGCUGACGGUUUGGGACCUGGAGGCCGUGGGCUCCUGGGGAGCCACUGGGGAGGGGGGUGGCAGCCACGUCGUCUCCCAGGAACACCUGCGGACAUAAAUAGGCAGCGAGCGAAGGCAGCCCAGCACAGUCCGCACAGCGGCCCCACACACUGUGCCCACCUGCUCCAGGAUGCCAGACACCAUGCUACCCGCCUGCUUCCUGGGCCUGCUGGCCUUCACCUCCGCCUGCUACUUCCAGAACUGCCCGAGGGGUGGCAAGAGGGCCAUGUCUGACCUGGAGCUGAGACAGUGCCUCCCCUGCGGCCCCGAGGGCAAAGGGCGCUGCUUCGGGCCCAGCAUCUGCUGCGGCGACGAGCUGGGCUGCUUCGUGGGCACUGCCGAGGCGCUGCGCUGCCAGGAGGAGAACUACCUGCCGUCGCCCUGCCAGUCGGGCCACAAGCCGUGCGGGAGCGGGGGCCGCUGCGCCGCCGCGGGCAUCUGCUGCAACGACGAGAGCUGCGUGACCGAGCCCGAGUGUCGCGAGGGCGCUGGUUUUCACCGCCGCGCGCGCGCCAGCGACCGGAGCAACGGGACCCAGCUGGACGGGUCGACCGGCGCCCUGCUGCUGAGGCUGGUGCAGCUGGCGGGGGCGCCCGAGCCCGCGGAGCCCGCAGCACCCGGCGUCUACUGAGCCGCCCGCUCCCUCCCGCCCCCGCAGUCCAGAAAAUAAACCUUUUAAAAUGCA